AUGGAUAGAAUUGUAGUUGUAACAAAGGCAACUGAUCCAGUUUAUGCAGGUGUUUAUGUAACACCAAGUAGAGUAUUGUUUAUUCAAGAGAUUAUAUCGAUACAAUAUUUCCAUCAAGGCGCCAGCACAUUUAGACAUUGUAUGUUAAUUGGAGUAAUUAUGAAAGAUGAGCAGAUUGAAAUAAUAAAUACAACAGAAGAUGAAAAAAAAUUACAAAAAACUGUUUUAAAGUGGCUAAAUCGCAAAGAAAUUACAGUGGAUGAUUUGAUAAUUAAUCGCAAGAAUAAAACUAUAAAAAUUUCAUCUGACAUUUUACAACAAAUAGGGUACUGUUUUUGGAAUGGAUCUGAAAUCCCUGAAGAUAUUGAAGAAUCUUUUAAGUUGUUUCAAUUCUUGGCAACAGAAUUAGGUUCUGCUGUUGCCUUUUAUGAUUGCGCAGAUUAUUACUUCGCAAAAAAGAGUUUCGACAAGGCGGCGACAAAUUGUAAAUUAGCAAUUAACAAAGGAUAUAACACAUAUGAUUUACAGAUAUUAAUGGGCAAAAUUUUUGUUGCAAAACGUGAAUAUUCUGAAGCAAUUCAGCAUUUCGAAGAGGCAAUAAGGAAACUUAAAUCUUCUUCGGAUAAUGACGCUGCUAUAGAGCUGGGAUUUUCAAUUGCGAAAAGCUUAUGUGAGGAAAAGAGAUUCCAGGAAGCGAUUAAAUGUUUAAGAUUAUGUGUUGAAGAACUUGAAUUAGCUCCUGAACAAAGUGAAAAUGCAAGAAAGAUUGAAAAAAAGUGCUUAAAGGGGCAAUUAACACAAUUAUAUACAGAAAUUAAUAAAAAGGUUGAUAAUACAGACGAAAAUGGAGUAUGUAAAAAAGUUCAACAAAUGAAUUCGUCCCCCGCAGUGGAUUUACCACCAGGCUGGUUCCAGAUAUCCGAGGAAUUAGACGGUUUUGAUAUCAAUGCAUGUGGUGAAUUAGAUGCUGCCGUUAAGAUUGUUGAGCGUGAAGAGCAAGCCGCAAAUGCUGCACUAGAAGUCGCUAGAAACCAUGUAAAAAUGGCUCGUGAAAGUAAAUUGUCACAGUCAGUAACUGAAGCCCUUCGGACAAAACUAAAACAAUUCAAAAGAAACUAUGAAGAAUUCGAAAAAAAGAAAGAAAUGAUUUUAGAAGCUUACCAGACUUACGGUAAUAUUACCGAGAAAAUCAUUCGUCGACAAACUCAAACAGAGUAUCGUUUCUUUGAUUCUCACAGAACCCGUAACGAAAAAACAUUUGAGUUAUCAGAGGCCCUAGAAAGUAGACGCCUGAGCGAAAAUGUUCUGGAACCUUUGAAACUCGGCGUUGAGCAGAUUCCUCCUACACGUCGUUUGAUUACAGCUGAACGCUCUACUAUGGAAACUUCAGUUGAAAUAUUUGGUCGUCCUUCGCAGCCAUACGACACCAAAACCGGAUGGUUGUCUAACCCAGCUCAACGCAAAACAUCACCAGGCGUUUACUCAGCCUAUACACAGGAUUACUCUUUUACUGAAACUUUAACAAUUGGUAGUUCAGAUAUUAAAUAUAAACAAAGGACUAAUCCACAUUGUAAUCACUUAGGUGAUUAUCAUAUGGAAAGUAUAGGUAGUUAUGCCCAAAUUAUUGCUGUAUUGAACAAAAUUACUGGAUCUAAAGCAGAACAUGAGAAACAACUUGUGGAAUUGAUGUUAGCAUUCUCACACGAUGGAAAACCUGCUACCUUACAGAACUUACGAGCUAUAAAUAAUGCAGUAACUAACGAUAACGUCGAUUAUAAAGAUCAUGAGUUACCGUUGGCUACAGUUCAAGCACGAGCAUUACAACUUAUGAAAAACGGAUAUUUAAAAAUUGAGGAAGUAUUUUCCGAAAACGCUCCAUACGGAGUUUUCACCGGUAAAGAGAUCGGUAAGAAUAUGGACAACUUACGUGAAAAAAUCAUUCGUAUUAACGACUUAUAUCAUAAGGCUAUACUCGAACAACGAUCAAGUAACCGUUUCCCAUAUAUUGAACUCUGGAAAACCCAUUCAUCUGUCAAAACGUUAGCAACACGUAAAGAACUUCAUCGUGAAUUAAGAGAAACAUUUGGUGGGGAAAGUGACACUGAUGGGGAAGGAUAUGAAUCGAAUGAUGAAAAAGAAACACUUAGCAAUAAGAUCAAGUUUUAA